UCCACUAUCGACGAAGAAACUAAGUCCCGGAAGUUAACCAUGUUUUGCUUGAGUUCUUGGCGCAAAGUUUAGUCCGGUGCAUCGUUAAAAGGACUUCUCGCCAUGCCAACCAGACAGCAAGUUGCGGCCCAGUCCAUCUCCCCAGUCCUCUUUCUGACUGUGGAUGGGGAGCCCAUGUCUUUCUUCCUGCGGCCGGGACCCACCAAACGCCAGCUCCAGCCGAAAAUCAAAGCUGGAGGAGGGCUGAUGUGCAGCAGCCAGCAGCCAGGAGCCAUACUGCUGAUGGAUCCGAAGGACAGAAGUUCUGUUUCCGAAUCUGACGCUCACCUGUAUGUUUCCACUCAGUACAUUCUUGACUGCAUUGAGAAGGAGGAACAGCUGAGUGUAGAAGACUACAGGUUCAAUCCUGUCGAUGUGCCAAAGAAGGACAGGACUAAAGCGGCCUGUCCCAGACUGUCAGGAGGAAGGCUUGCCUACACCUCUGAUGACGAUACGGCCAUCUUGGAAUAUGUCAGCACCCGGAAGGCAGAAAUCGGCGGGAAUCGCCUUUGGCGGGAGAUGGAACAGCAGCGCGUGACUCACCACAGCUGGCAGUCCAUGAAGUGCAGAUACAAAGACCGACUGGCCAAGAAGCAGCCGGAAGUUGUGAAAGUUGAAUCAACCGAAAAGCAAGAAGGAAACAAAGCAGAAGAAGACGAUACUAAGGAUGAAGAGGAUCUUGUCCUGGAGGUUGAGAUCCCUGCAGAAGCAGCUGUUGCUUCUCCACAGAAACAAUCAAAGGAAUCCGAAAAGGUUUGUGGAACAAAUGCAGACGCGCAUAAAUCAACCUCUUCUAGAGAAUCGGGGAGUGAGAGCCAGCAGACGGAUGGACCGGCAGAGCAAAGCGCGCCAUCACAAGCCAUGACAGUUCCAGCAUCUCGUUGCUCCACUACUGAGGAUCCCAGUGCUGAGCUGCCAGCAGACGCCCAGCCCAGUUCUCCAGACAGAGAUGGACCUCAACCAGCUGAUAUCCCAACCAAACAAAGUUUGCUGCAAGACUCUCCUCCCCUUCAGCCGGAGUCUCUUCCCAAAGCGGCGACUCCUGGAAAACUGAAGGACAAACAGGAGGCCUCACCCACCCUGGAUAGGCCAAUGACACGCCGGAAACUGGAACUCGAGGUUGCGGCGGCGUCCCCUGAGCACUACGGGAAAAAACUCCGGUCGUCCUCCAGCAGCGCGGCGGCUUCUCCUCAGCCAUCAAAGAAAACGACACCAGUUAAAGCUGCUCUUCAAAGAAGCACAGAAACAGAGCAGCCGCUUCCUAAGAGAGCCAGAAGAAACAUCGCAGCAGCGGCGGCGGGAGAGACUCCAGCAGAACAGAGCGAAACCAAAGCAGAACGGAAAACAACACCAGCAGAUCAAUCCAAGUCAGCGCUGCAGAAGGACAAGAAGAAACCAAAGAGGCAGCUGGGAAUUCUGGAACUGGCAACAAGGGAGUUUGAGUCAGAGUGUGAUGAAGAGGACGAUCCGACUGUUGAAGACUCUGCUGAAACUGUAGCCACGUCAGCAGAACUGCUCCCUCCACCCGCAGAGACGGCUGCAGAUCCGAGGCCCACGCAACCCAGCCCCAAAACCGCAUCCAGCCCAAACGGGAAUGUGCCGGAGUCUUCGGCUUCCAGCUCCAACUGUGUACCAGACACGUGCCCCUCCGAUCCCGCAGCCGCCAAGCCGGCCGCCUCUGAGCCCGCCGGCGUGACCUCGAAGGCCCACCUGUUCAUAUUCGACAGCGAAUCACAGGGAGGCGACUCUGAGCGUGUCGCCGGGGACGCUUCAGCGGCUCCAUCCAACCCCCAACACUCAGCCAGCAAAGACGCGUCUCUGUCCUUCACUCAAGUGCAGCUAGAGGAGGACAAACAGCGGAUCAAAGAGCUGAUGGUCCAGACUCAGCAGGACUUGGUUAGUGUCACCAAGGCUUUGCUAAAGACCAGCGGAAACUUCUCUGCCGCUCUAGACCUGCUGCUGAACCCCUCCUCUCUUUCUGUCCCGAUUUGGAGUCGCCGUGACGACAGUCUCCUGCUCUCAGCUGAUCCUGUCAUCCGGCAGCAGCUGCAGGAGAAACACGGGGAGGAGGGCGUGGCCAAGAGAAUGGUGUUCCUGGAGGUGGAGGGCUGAUUGGAGGCUUUGUUUUUGUCUGUGGAAUUUCAUUAGAUAUCUUUAUGUGUCCUGAUGCUUUACAGCAAAGUGUUGCUGUUUACGCCCAUCAGGUUUGAGGGACGAGAAGACGAGUGAACGGGUAAAAUGUGGAACAUUUUUAAUGACGCAGGAAUGAACGGACCUUGAUGUCUGUGACGAUGAGCUCUCUCUUUAAGCCGGUUUUUAUUGAUGCUUUUAUGUUUGGAAACCGUUAAUAAUAAACCUCUGAAUUUUAUUAUUUA